UUCAUGUAGUACAUGAAAAAUCAGUGUGUCCAUACCUCUAAGAAGACAGUACCUAUGAAGAAAAUACAUUCUGUUCAUCCAUCUGUCUGUGGUAAAGUUUAAUGUGAAGUGAGACCUUAAAACUUGAAGAGGCUCAUCAGAAGAGGCUCAUCUCAUUGUGUCACUGACAGAAGACAUGAAGCAAAUUGUCUUCAUGUUUCUUCUGCUCUACUGGAACACACAAUCAGCUCAGAGUGAAAUAUUCAAUCAGAGUGUCGCUGAGGGAAGUGAUGCAUUCCUCUACUGUGAACACAAGGGGAAAGUGGUAUGGAGUAAAGCCAGAGAUGGACAAAGACAGACUAUUCUCACUAAAGAAGAAAAUGGAGAGAUAGUGAAAUACAUUGAUGAUCCACACAACCGUUAUAGUGUAUUGAGUGAUCUCUCACUACACAUAAAUAAAGUUUCACUCUCAGAUUCUGGAAUUUACUACUGUAAUAAUAUUACUGUGAAUCUGAUAGUAACAGCAUCAGUGACCCCCAAAUCUACAGUGAGUUCACAAAGUGGCCAUGUCAAAGAAUCCACGAGCACUCAAUCUAACCCCCACCCAAAAUUCACCUCAACAGUGACCCCCAAAUCUACAUUGAGUUCACGAAGUGGCCGUGUCAAAGAAUCCACGAGCACUCAACCUAACACCCAGCCAAAAUUCACCUCAACAGUGAUCCCCAAAUCUACAGUGAGUUCACAAAGUGUCAGUGUCAAAGAAUCCACGAGCACUCAAUCAAACACCCAGCCAAAAUUCCCCUCAACAGGUUCCAUUGGUGUUAUCGUGGCAGUCUGUGGAGUUGUGUUUGUGGCCCUCAUACUCUUGAUACUGGCAUGUAUCAAAAGGAAAGCUGCCAUUACUAACAAAAAGAAGGAGAAUAUAUAUGAGACUGUAGAUGAUGGUGAUUCUACAGCACAACCUGCAGUUCCCCCACAAAAGCAAAAUGACAUCAUAUAUUACUUGGCUGGAGACCCUAAUAUAGUUCAUCUUGGUCAAAGCAAGGAGAUUGCUGAUCACACAUAUACUUUGAUAUCAGAGUCAAAGUCAAAGGAGAAUCUCACUGACCAAGCACAGGAUGAGACUUUGUACUCCACAAUCAAAUAAUUUAAAGUGAUUCUGGAACAAAAAUGGCAGAAUAGAUUAUGAUUAUACUGAUAAAUAGAUUGGAAAAGUAUAAGAAUAAUGUACUAUGAUGGCAAUAUUUGUUUAUAGCUUUGAUUUUUAAUAUUGUAAUAAUUUAUUCACAGUUGCAAGUAAAAGUUUGGAAUUACAUGGAAUUCUGCAUUGAUUACAAAUAAAAUGUGGUCUGAUCUUCUAAGUCACAUUUAUACAUAGACAAACCCGAUUCAGAUUUUCAUUAGAAAUUAACUUGAGUUAAAAGUACACACUUUAAAAAAGAUUUAAAAUGUGCAGGCGCGAGGCGAUCCUAUGGCGAAGACAGUGGUUGUGUCCAAAAUGAUUCACUUAUUCACUAUUUCCUAUAUUGUGAAUGACAGUUAGUGCACUGUAUCUCAGCAGUGAGUGAAUAAAAUGAGUGAGUGAAUUCGGACGCUGACGUAUACACAGAGUGUCGGAGCUCUGGGACUGUCACAGAAACAGCAUCACAUAUGCACUUUUAAAAUACUUGGGUCUUACUGGUAAUUCUUAUUAAAUUAUAUAUUAAUACAAUUAAUCUUCAUUCUGUUAGUCAUUUUUAAUAUAUACUGUAUGUUAAUAUAAAGAGUAAUCACAUUUUAUCAAAUAAAGAAUACAUUUUAAAAUGUAUCUGUUUAUA